CCUACGCGAAUCUAGUCACAUCAGUCAAACUUUUGGAUGCCUCAGCUAACCUCGUCCGAGAAUGGGGCGCCUCAAGCGUGGGCUGGCCGCCCCCAUGGCUGCAUGUAAUUCCCGAAGCAUGUGGGCGUCCCUGUGUAUAUUAUCUAGUAGCCUGCCCACCAGUUUCCUCUUCUUAUCGCUGUUCUCACAUCGCUCUCUCUUUGGCUUCCGGUGGAAUACCAUUCUUUCAUUCUUUUGACUCUUUACACACUCCUUUGAAAUCAAGAGCCUACAGAGUCUGUGACUCGGUCCUUUCAUUUUUACACAGCUCACUCUUUUUGCUGUCUUACGACUCAUACAAACUUUCCACACACCCAAAAACCACCAUCAAGUCAAUAUGCGUUUCGAUGUCGUCUCCCUCACGGCUGGCUUCGCCGCCACUGCCUCUGCUCAAUGCGUUGGCAACUACUUCAGCUUCUACAACCGCGCCGGCAAUGCCAUGAGCUACCAGCGCCUCGACCCCGGUCUGUUCCCCGGAACCGAGAGCCCCCAUCUCCACUCCUUCGAUGGAGGAAACGGACUCUCCAAGUCCAUGGGCUUUGCGGACACCCAGGCCUCUGACUGCACCACCGCCCGUAUCAAGACCGACAAGUCCCUAUACUGGCGCCCAACCCUGUUCUUCACCAACGGAACCAAACUCUACCGCGUACCCGAGCUAGCCACCAAGAUCUACUACAAGUACGGCGAUGGCAACAACUGGGCAAACGUCACUGCUUACCCAGAGGACUUCAACAUGAUCGCUGGUAGCCCGCUAAAGCGCUCCGACGGCGACAACCCAGCCGGUGUCCGCUGGGGCUGCCACGAGCCCGACGGUGGCUCCACAGCCAUCUUCGCCAACGGCUUCCCCAAGGGUUUCAGCACCUGCAAGUACGGCUUCGCUUCCGAAGUCACCUUUCCUUCGUGUUGGAACGGCGAGAAGAUGGAUCCCAAGAACCCCAACGCGCACAUGGCCUACCCCAACGGCAACGCUGGUGUUGGUAUCGAGAACUGCCCUAUGACCCACAGAGCUGCGCGCUUCCCUACCCUCUUCAUUGAGUACUGGUGGGACGUUACCAAGUUCACUUUCGGUCCCGAUGAGGCCCCUUGGGUCCUGUCCAACGGUGACCCAACUGGUUACGGGUUCCACGGUGAUUUUAUGAACGGAUGGGAAGCCGGUGUCCUCGAAAAGGCCGUUAGCGAGAACGAUGGAUGCAAGUGCGGCUGCGGCUGUGGACAAGAAGAGAUGGAGCAGUGCUUUGGCUCCGCGAACGUCAACAAGGAUAGCGAUGAGUCCUGGAAGAGCUGCUCCGCUAUGGAGGCAUACGCUGGUGACGACGGAAGCGUUCUUGACGCUCUCCCAGGAUGCAACCCCAUCCAGUCUGGCCCUGCUUCUGCUACUUCCGCAACCGGCGCCGGCUGCACCGCUGCCGCUGUUCCUGCUGGCAACAGCACCACCGCCUACUCCGCUAUCAUGACCCCCACUGGCGUCGCUGCCAUCUCUUCUGGAUACGCCGCUGCCUCUUCUGCUGCUUACUCUGCGGCCGUACCCAACGCAUCUUCUGCCGCUACCGCUCUCCCCCUGAGUUCAUACUCAGCAUACAGCGCCGUGCUUCCAGACAAGCAAAUCAACACAGCAACUGGCGGCUACAACGCUGCACAGCCUACCCCAAUGGUACCAUCUGAGGUUGCAGAUGCCACUACCUGCGCCAGCGCACCUAUCGUCACCGAGACGGUCAAGCAGACAGUUACUGUCACUGUCGACGGCACUGCGGCUAUGAGCACUGGCUCUUACGGCGCAUACUAAGCCGUGCUUGGUCGCAAUACACUUCUUCGGCGUUGUGAAGAACUUGGAAUAAAAGAAUCUGGUCGUAUAGCUUUACGUUCCUUGUAUAUAUUUCUGCCGAUUUUAGGCAACCAAAGACACAUAGAGGAUGGAUAGCUUUCCUCAAUCAAUCGUUUAUCGAAGA